AUGGAAAAAACAGGCCGCAGUUGGUUAAAUUCGACAAAUCAGAAAAUAAGUCUGUCAAUUGCUUCUAAUUUUGAACCUCCGGAAUGCACCGAGACACCCUUAUCCACCAUCAAAUUGGCCAUGUGGGAUUUUGAGCAAUGCGAUUCAAAAAAAUGUACCGGACGAAAACUCGUCAGACUCGGAUUGGUUCGAGUGUUGAAAGUCCAUCAAAAGUGUAGAGGAAUCAUUCUUUCUCCGGCAGGCCAGCAGGCUGUGUCUCCAUUGGACAGAGAUAUCGUUCAAACUGGCGGAAUUGGUGUGAUAGAUUGUAGCUGGGCCAAACUGGAUCAAAUACCAUUCCAAAAAAUUAAAGGCAAAGAAGAAAGGUUAUUGCCUUUUCUGAUAGCAGCCAAUCCCACGAACUAUGGACGCCCUUUCAAACUAAGUUGCGUCGAAGCAUUCGCCGCAACCCUAUACAUAACCAGCUUCAAGCAAGAAGCCUAUAGUCUGCUCAACAGGUUCAACUGGGGACCAACUUUUCUGAAAAUCAAUUCUGAACUUCUUCAAGCCUAUUGCCUAUGCAAAACGUCUGCAGAAGUAGUCCAAGCCCAAUCUAAAUACAUAGAAGCUUGCGAAAGAGAAAAACAACGACGGUUCGACCCCAUUUACAUAAAAGACUCUGUCAGAAGACAGAAAACAAUCGUGCCGCCAUUCGAUGAAGAUGAACCAACUGAAAAUGCGUCAGUUUAGACAUACGAAAAAUACAACCAAGCACACCACGCACGGUGAAACACACCUCUAU